AGCCAUUUUCACUGCCAUGAUCAGGACUUGCCCUAUACCCAGGGUAUGAUGCUGUAAGAUUCUUGGGAUCGACUCUUCACAAGGAUGUGUCCCAUCGGUCCUUCAUCGUGCCUUGUGGCUGCGGUGAAUUCAAAGGCUUUGGGGCGCAAACCAGUGCCCUCGUUGCCCAUAACCCCAUAACCAGCGUAGAAAAGGCAGCGGGAUGCGCAGCAACGUCUGCUGUCUGUCCCCAUCCUGUUCGAUUGUUACAGAUGCCUGCACGCUUAAUAUCCAGGGAUGAGUACCUGCUACUCGCCAAGGUCGCAGAGGAGGCGGAGCGUUAUGAAGAUCUCGUGGCGCAGAUCAAAGGCUUGACACAGACGUACGGAGCGUUGACCAUCGAGGAGAGGAACCUCCUCUCAGUCGCCUACAAAAAUAUUACGAACUCCCUUCGUAGCAGUUGGAGAGUGGUCGAUUCUUUGGAGAAGCUCGAGUCUGCUAGACCCUCCGCACAGUCAAAGCAUCAGGUCUCCCUUAUCCGUCGUCAGCGAGCUCGCAUCGAGAAGGAACUUACAGAUGCCUGCAAAGACAUCGUGAAACUACUGAAUGACAGUCUCUUGGCUACAGCCAAACCCGGGGAAGAGACCGUGUUCUAUUACAAGCUGAAGGGCGAUUACUAUCGAUACCUCGCCGAAUUCGCGCAGCAACAAGAACGCAGUCGGAAUUCUGAUCUGUCACUUGCCGCAUACAAAUUCGCGUACAAGCAUGCACUUGCCAUGCUGGAGCCGACACAUCCAACAAGAUUGGGUUUGGCUUUGAAUUUCGCCGUUUACUACCACGACGUCCGGAAGAGUCCAGAAAGAGCGUGUCACCUCGGCAAACAUGCGUUCGACGAAGCGGUCGCAUGCCUAGACGAUUCAUCAUCAAUGCAAGUAAUGCGUGAUUCGAUGAUGAUCCUUCAGCUUUUGAGAGACGAUCUUGUAAUAUGGUCCAGUGAGAUGCAAAGAGAUGCCGUUAGCAAGUGACCCUAUGCCAAGACUAUGGGCAGUUGUUCUUCUUGAUUUAUAGGUCUAGUCUAGUCUAGUCUCCCGUCACGGAACCCUAUUUAUAUCAAAUCACUGGCCUCGCGAUUGAUGGAAUGCAUUCCAAACACAUAUCGUUGCUUAGCCUCUUUUGGAUGUCGGGUACGAACCUUAUGGUGCAUGAUAAGAGCUAAUCUUGCGCGAAUGUUGCGGCCACGAGAAGCGGAAAUACAAGCGUUGCGUCAGCGAACACCUGAUGUUCCACAUGAGAUCUUAUUGGCGAGACAAGAUAUAAGAAGCAGGCACCUUGACGGACUCCGCAU